CAGAAGCAGGAAGGAAAGACCUGCAGAAUCUCUCCUUCCCACAGCAAGGGUGGAUCAGUCUGUCACUGAAUCUUUUCUCCAGGCCAGACCGUGUGUCCUGCAGUGGGUAGGACUCGUGGUCCAGCAUGGAUUUGAAUUUUGCCAGAACCCUUCUGUCUCCCACCUCUCUCACUGACUCCGGAGUGCAGCCCAGGACAGAGCUGGACUUCUUAAUGACCUUAUCCAGCUUCUUCCUCUCCCUCUCUGUGAUGCUGCUGCUCCAGCAGACCACACUGUAAAGGAUGGCUGAUGAUACCACAGAGUCAUAGAAGGUCUUCAGGAGUGGCCCCUCACUCCAAACGACCUCAGCCUUCUUGGUCUGUUUAUGCCUAGUCAGCCCUUUCUGCUUGAUUUUGUGAGAUUUGCAUCAAAGAAGUCUGGUGGAAGCAGUAAGAAUGUUGGAGGAAAAAGUCCUGGUCGGCGAUAUGGCUUUAAAAAAACGGAUGGAAACUUCGUCCAUGCAGGUAACAUUCUUGCAACACAGAAGGCGAUGAGGUAUCAUCCAGGAGCACAUGUGGGCAUUGGAACCAAUAAGACGCUCUUUGCUCUUGAGGACGGUUAUGUGAGGUUAACCAAGGAGGUCUACAUCCCACCACCACGCAGCCUAGAAGCCACACAGGUCAUCACCAAAUUGCCCAAAGGAGCUGUGCUCUACAAGACAUUUGUCAGUGUACUACCAGUCAGACAGGAAGGUAUCCUUGUGCUGGCACUGACAACAUAUGUCUGGCUUUCAUUACUGUGGACUAUUUGUCAGUCAUUAGAUGUUUGAAUUAAUUGAUUGUAAUUGUUAAUAAAGUUUUGUGUAUAUAUUUGUUUGUGUCAAGGUUGAAAGAAAUAUUCCAGCCUAAUUCAACUUUUGAGGUUUCACUAGCAUCAUCUAGUUAAAGUAAUGCAGAAUGUGUCUGCUGUAUUUCAGUAAAUGCAUGCAUUGGGAGGGUAAAAAAUUAUCUUUGUGCACUUGAGUACAAAAAUUUAAGGGUUUGUGGAUAGUCCCGUGUUGUAUAAGGCUAAGCCAGGAGGUGGCAGUGUUGUACAAACUGUUGAUGUGACGUCAUAUCUGCAGAAUGUAUAAUUGAACGAUAGUACAUGAGGAGGGACUUUAGGUUGUGGUCUUGCUUAUAUCAUACCAACUGCCCACUUCAUGAAAUUUGGGUUGUGAAGCUUAAUUUAAUGAAGUUAAGCUACUUUGACAUUAGCUCUAUUUUUAUAAUGUGAUACCAAUAUUUGGUACGGCCUCUGAAUAUUAUUUUAAUAUUUCAAGGGACAUUAGAAACAUCUCAAUUUUGAAAAAUAAUUUCUUCCUUAUGCAGCAAGACAACAGCCCAUUACCUGUCUUCGUUAAUGUCCAUGUGUCAUCUUGUACAGACAUUUAUUUAGGAAGAGAUAAUCUUCUCUUCUUAUUUCUUGUUAAGAAAAUUUGUUAAAGGUUAAGGGAUUUGAUCCUUCUGCUGCAGUAAGACAGUGUUCAUAAAGCCUCAUAAACCACCAAAGUUUCACAGUUUCAGCUUGUACACAUCUGACUCGUGCCAUCUCUUGACUCUAAACACAGAGACCUCUUUCCUCAUGUUGUGGGUCUGUCAAAAAGACAACAGUCCCAGUCAGCAGAUUAAAAAUUGUUAAAUAAUGAUAAUAAAGCAUUAGAAUGUCACAUCUUACUUAUAACAACAAAUGUGGUGGGGUUUUGCUCAGUGGUUGCCCCUCCUCAUCAUUUUGAUCUUUAGUACAUGUAUGUGUCUGCUGUGUAUGCAGGGUGGUGGCCUGUCUGUGUUUACUUGAUGCUUGUUCUGCACAAGUUGGAUCCUUUUGGUCAAAUCUCUACUAAAGAAACACUAUUAGGGAAAAGCAACAAGCAGGAAAGAUUUGUUUGGGACAAGGAAACAAGAACCUGACCGAUCGGGAUGGUUUGGGAUGAUAUGGACCACAGAGUGAAGGCAAGUCUGGGAACUCCUUUAUGACUGUUGAAAUACAAUUAAAUGACCAAACAUUUGA